AUGAAUAUUGCAAAUUUAUUCACUACUAAAUUCGAUGAAUGUGAUGAAAGUAAAUGGCAACAGGAAAUACGGUUAGAACCGGAUAGAUCAAUCAGUGGUGCAUUAGCAUUUCGAUUAACCGGAAGCAAAACACGUGGUGUUUUCAUACAGUACGUGAAUCAAAAAUCUAGCCAGUCAAAAAUUCUGUACAAAGGUGAUCAAAUACUAAAAGUGAAUGGCGUUGACGUACGACGUUUGACGUGUGAUCAAAUUGUUAAUAUUCUACGCUUAGCUGUAUAUAAUAAUGGUUAUGCAUUAGUACAAGUUAAUCGUCAAAUACGAUUGAAAGAGAAUGUAUCAGAUGAAAAUGGUAACUUAAAUCAUUGUUAUCCGGCAUAUAAUGAUGAUCUAAUAAUCAAUAACAAUAAUAAUAGUACUUUACCAAUAUCACUUUCCGAUAUGACCGGAUUAAGUGAAUCGGCAAUUCAUGCUCGAGUAAGAAAUAAUUUAUAA